GAACAUCAGAACCGAAAGUGGCCGAUGUUCAUGUUGGUUGCGGCAGUGCCUUGCGCCUUGGUGGCUCGACGCCAUCGUCUGGUCUCUCCUCUCGUGAAUUUUCUCUCUCUUACUUUUACUAUAUUAUAUUAUAAUAUCACGUCACACACGCAGUGAAGUAUGUGCUCCCAAGUGUAGAAAAUGGCUACGCUAUACGCUUACCCGGGUUGUAAAUACGGCCUGUGGAUUGGGCUAAUUGUGUUUCUUGUGAAUAUUUUCAACGUACUGACAAUAACAUGCUAUUGCGAUGGCAAUUGUCCAAAUAAUGUACAAAAUGGUACUUGUACACUAAAACCAGGUGGACAAUGUUUCAGUCAAGUUGAAGAAUUUCUCGAUCCCGAAAGUGAAGAAUACAUUACUGAAGAAUCAUUUGGUUGUUUAGCACCCGAGGAGAAUAGCUUUAUGCAAUGUAAAGCAAAUCUUGUACCACAUUCACGUGGUAAAAGUAUUUAUUGUUGUAACGAUACGGAUUUUUGUAAUGAAAAAAAAAUUCCACAAAUAAUACCACGUUCAACAAUUGCACCCGAUCCAAUUGCAAUAGCAUCAGGUGCACCAUUAAUUGUUCUUGCAGUGACACUAUCAAUAUGUCUAAUGAUAUUUAUAAUGGCAAUGAUUAUUAUCUAUCAACGUUAUCGUCGAAAAGAACAACGUGGCCCAUGUCUUGUUUCAAAUCAAGGUACACUUAAAGAUCUCAUUGAACAAACAAGUGGUUCAGGUUCGGGUUUACCUCUACUUGUACAAAGGACAAUUGCAAAACAAUUGGCAUUAUCGCAAUGUGUUGGUAAGGGUCGUUAUGGUGAGGUUUGGUUGGCAAGAUGGCGUGGUGAAAAAGUUGCUGUUAAAGUAUUUUUCACAUUAGAAGAGGCAUCAUGGUUUAGAGAAACGGAAAUUUAUCAAACUGUAUUAAUGAGGCAUGACAAUAUACUUGGUUUUAUUGCCGCCGAUAUUAAGGGUACAGGUUCAUGGACGCAAAUGAUGCUUAUCACUGAUUAUCAUGAACGUGGUUCGUUACAUGAUUAUUUGCAGACAACUGUAUUGGAUCAUACAACAUUGUUGGCUAUUUGUUUAUCAAUUGCAUCGGGUAUUGCACAUUUACAUACGGAAAUAUUUGGUACACGUGGUAAACCAGCAAUUGCACAUCGUGAUAUUAAAACACGUAAUAUACUUGUCAAAAGAAAUGGCGAGUGUGUUAUUGCUGAUUUUGGACUCGCUGUACGAUUUUUGAGCGAGAGUGGUGAGAUUGAUAUUGCGCCAAAUACACGUGUUGGCACACGACGUUACAUGGCGCCGGAAGUAUUGGACGAGUCAUUGAAUACAUCGUCAUUUGACGCAUUUAAAAUGGCUGAUAUGUAUUCAGUGGGUCUUGUAUUGUGGGAGGCAUGCAGACGUUGUGCAACGGGUGGUAAAGUAUCGACGGCAGAGCCAUACGCACUACCUUAUCAUGAUGUUGUGCCAAAUGAUCCCGAUUUCGAUGAUAUGAGACUUGCCGUUUGUGUUAAAAGGCUGCGGCCAAUUAUUCCAACGAAAUGGGAAAAUGAUCCCAUUCUAUUUGCCCUAGGCAAAUUAAUGGCCGAAUGUUGGAAUAAAAAUCCACUUGUCCGAUUAACUGCACUUCGAGUGAAGAAAACAAUGUCUAAAUUACACAUCGAUAAUGCCAUAAAAAUUGUGUAGUGCGCUCAUUAAUGUAAAUUUUUAAUUUUUUCUUCUUUCCUCUCUCAUUCUCUCUCAUUUUUUUCCAUUUUUUUCUUUCUUCUCUUUUUUUUUUAUUUUCUCCUUUUUUUUUUUUUUUUUUCUUUUUCCCAAUUAUUUAUAAAAGUUUGAGAGAAGUGAAAGAAAAAGAAAAAAAAUUAAAAAUCUUCUGUAAAUAGUCUCAUCCACCCCCCCCCCUCCCCGCCCCUUGCCCCCUUUUUCCCAACAAAGUGUAAAUAUUCUCGAUAACAGACUGUUGCCUGAAGACUGAAAAAAAAGAAACUGAAAUUUAUAAAUAGAUUAUAAAUAUAUAAGGUGAGAGGCAAUUUUUGUGUGAAUGAAAAAAAUUGCAAGCGCGAUUUUUUUUUUUAUUUUUAUUUUUAUUUUUUUUUCUAUAUAUAUAUAUAUAUAUGAAUGUUAUUAAUUUUUAUUUUGCGAGACGAAAGUUUAGAUUCUCUUUUUUUUUUGUACAUAUAGGAAAAAUGAAUUUUUUUUUUUCAUUUCAUUUAGAGGACUCAGUCAAAAACCAGCGUAAUUAAAUUUUUUUUUGUUUUUUUUU